CUGCUCACCGCAACACCUCCGCCCCUCCCCAGCCGCCAGGACUUCUGUUGCUGCACAUACUGUAAUCUCCAUACCCACCUCUUCGUACACAAUCAUUCACUGUAACCAUGGACGAGAUCGCCCCCGAGUACGACGUUGUAGUGCUGGGCACUGGUCUCACGGAAUGUGUGCUGUCUGGAGUUCUGAGCGUCAAGGGGAAGAAAGUCCUUCACAUCGAUCGCAAUGAUCACUAUGGAGGAGAAGCGGCAUCGGUCAAUCUGGAAACUCUUUUCAAACUGUAUGGCCACACCUCGGGUGAGCCGUGGAAGAAGUAUGGCCGCGUCAAUGACUGGAACAUCGACCUGGUGCCCAAACUUCUCAUGUCCAACGGCGAACUCACCAACAUCCUCGUAUCCACCGAUGUCACAAGAUAUCUCGAGUUCAAGCAGAUAGCCGGCAGCUACGUACAACAGGGAAGCGGCCCUAAGGCCACUGUAGCCAAGGUACCCUCAGAUGCGGGCGAAGCUCUUCGCUCGCCGCUGAUGGGAUUGUUCGAGAAGAGGCGGGCGAGGAACUUCCUCGAAUGGGUUGGGUCAUACAAGGAAGAAGACCCGGCAACACAUAAAGGUCUCGAUGUCAAAACCUGCACCAUGAAGGAUGUCUAUGACAAGUUUGGCCUGGAACCUUCGACUCGAGACUUCAUUGGCCAUUCUAUGGCUUUGUACCAAACGGAUGACUAUAUUCAGCAGCCAGGAGCCGCCAGCGACGCCAUCAAUCGCAUUCGACUCUAUGUGAACUCAAUGGCCAGAUAUGGAAAGUCGCCAUACAUAUACCCUCUCUAUGGCCUCGGAGAACUUCCCCAAGGCUUUGCACGACUUUCGGCAAUUUAUGGAGGGACUUAUAUGCUGAACACAGACGUGGACGAGUUCUUGUACGAGAAUGGUAAAGUGGUUGGCAUUAAAGCCACCAUGAAGGAGAAAGGGGAUGACGGCCCUGGCAUGAAGUUUCAGACGAAAGCCAAGAAGAUCCUCGCGGACCCGUCUUACUUCCCUGGAAAAGUGCGCGUCACAGGGCACUUGCUCAAAGCCAUUUGCAUCCUCAACCAUCCCAUCGAUCGCACGGACAACGCCGACUCUCUCCAAUUGAUCAUCCCACAGUCUCAAGUCGGACGCAAGCAUGACAUCUAUAUUGCCAUGGUGUCUUCCGCUCACAACGUGUGCCCUAAGGGUUACUACAUCGCCAUUGUCUCUACCAUUGCUGAAACCGACAGCAACCAUCAUCUUGAACUCCAGCCCGGUCUGGAAAGGCUUGGUCGUAUCGAGGAGCAGUUCAUGGGUCCACCAAUCCCGCUUUAUGAGCCUUUGGAGAGUGGCGAGAACGACAACAUUUUCCUGUCCAAGAGCUACGAUGCUACAAGCCAUUUCGAGACUACUACCGAUGACAUCAAGGAUAUCUACAAGCGUGCGGAGGGUCAUGAGUUGGUUGUGGAGGGUCUCAGAGAAGGUCAGACUUUGGUCGCUGACCAGUAGAUGACGGCUGGCUUGUCAUGCUUUAUGGUACGCCGUGCAGUGUAAAAGCUGGACAGUAGACUUUGGCCAAUACCUACACUAGACACCAGCUACAACUUUGGCACGUUGCAAUGAAUGAGGAAGUAAAGGAUACAUUCGGGCUUGCUUGCACCUAUCACAUAUAAAACGGAUACAGCGCGCCUGUUCGAUCAAAUUCUACCUUAAUACCAUUCUUUUGAG